GAGGACAUUUGAGGUCAACAAAACACUAUCCAGCUGUUCGAAGCUUCAAGCAGCUAUUCAGCUGAUGUUUGUUUUCAAGCAGGACACUGGUCCGUCUGGAGUGGUGCAUUUUCUGCAGUGUUUUCGAUCGAAAGUAUUUUUAACUUGCUUUUUCCGAUUGAGAAUGUUUUUCGUUCCGCACACGAUAUUAAUCUUGGCCGCGAUCGAAUGACGUAAUAAGUAGGAGAAUUUAAGGAAAACAAAGAACUUGCAUUUUGCAAGUCAGAAGUUGUCAAAUCUGGAAAGUAAGGGUUCUGAUCGGGCUGCCAAAAUAACUCUGGAUAGUGAUUCGUCGGGAGACGACGGUGGUUGUGAACCUCCGCGUAAGAAAAUCCGCAAGCAAUCUGUUUCUGAAGUUAAUAUGCAGCAACAAGUCAGCAAUGGUGUCAUGGAAAAUGGAGCCUCAUGUUCCACCAACGGGCAUGGCGAUGGAAACAUCAACGGCGUUAGUCUCAAUCCUACAACUCAGGAAAUUGUCAGAAUCAUAGGUCAAUAUUUGAACAAUGAAGGACUUAGUCGCACCUGUGAUGUUUUAAUGACUGAAUCAGGCUGUCGUUUGGAUCAUCCCGCCGCUACAAAAUUUAAACAGCAUGUGAUGGACGGUGAUUGGUCUAAGGCCGACCAUGACCUACAAGAACUGAAACCUAUGUUGGGUCAAAACAAUCGCAUUUUGGAUAUGAAGUUUUUGCUUCUGGAGCAGAAAUACUUAGAAUAUCUAGAAGAUGGUAGAGUCUUGGAAGCCCUUCAUGUUCUUCGAAACGAGUUGACGCCUCUACAGCAUAACACAAAUAGAGUUCACCAGUUGUCAAGUUAUAUGAUGUGUUCAAGUAUACAAGAAUUACAUGAAAGGACUCAAUGGAAAGGAAAAGGCGAAGAAUCUCGAACCGCCCUUAUGGAGAAACUUCAGACUUUUCUUCCACCCAAUGUAAUGCUGCCGCCUAGCAGACUGUGCCAUCUCCUUUCUCAAGCCUUAGAAUUACAAAGCAAUCGUUGUAGACACCAUAAUAACAAAGAAGUAGUCUCUAUGCACAAUACUUCUUUGUUAGUGGACCACUGUUGUUCCAAAGAUGACUUUCCAGCUCAUACUAUUCAGGUACUAAAUGACCAUUGCGACGAAGUGUGGUACUGCGAAUUUUCACCGGACGGUACGAAGUUAGCUACAGGUUCCAAGGACAACAACGUAAUCAUUUGGGACGUUCAUCCCGAAACCUGUACUUUAAGUUUAAGAAAAAUAUUAGAAGGACACAGUUAUGGUGCAGCAUACAUAUCAUGGAACCCAGACUCAAAACAUCUGAUAGCCUGCGGACCAGAAGAGAGUCCCGAGGUGUGGUUGUGGGACAUAGAGACUGAGAAAUUUUUAAAAGUAUCCCAAUCACCUGAAGAUGCCUUAACUUGCUGCGCUUGGAACAAAGAUGGCACUAAGUUUGUGGUUGGUGGAGUUAGGGGCCAUUUCUACCAGUGCGAUAUGGAAGGUAACGUUCUCGAUUCGUGGGAGGGUGUUCGCGUAAAUGGUCUUUGGUGUCGCAAAGACGGCAAGACCGUCUUGGCUUCUGAUUCCCACCAUAGGAUUCGAGCCUACGUUUUCGAGGAGCUUGCAGAUCAGCAAAUACUGCAAGAGGACCACCCCAUCAUGACGUUCACCGUUGACAAGAACGACCGCUUGGCGUUGCUGAACGUGGCGACGCAGGGUGUUCAUUUGUGGGACUUGAACGACAAGUGCUUGGUAAGACGGUAUCAGGGCGUCACCCAGGGUCACUUCACGAUACACUCCACGUUCGGAGGGUGCAACCAAGAUUUCAUAGCGAGCGGCAGCGAGGAUAAUCAGGUAUACAUCUGGCACAUCCGAAACGAGAUGCCGAUCGCCACGCUGCCCGGCCAUACCCGCACGGUGAACUGCGUGGCGUGGAACCCCGUCCACUCCCACAUGCUAGUCUCUGUAUCGGACGACUGCAGCGUGCGCGUGUGGGGCCCCAAAGACAGACUACCAAAGCCCACAGGCGUUAGCUAAUAUAGCCUUGAAGGACGAACCACAAAGGAGGCGACUGCGCGUCGUACCAUGAAUCAAGUACAUGGCCUGUAUUUAUUCGUUUAUUACAUUUAAUUUUUGUGUUCAGAGACCGGAAUCCCAAGCAUUAAAGUAGGUAUGGUAGGGUCAGAUUUAUGGGAGGCGUCUAACGUUGAAAUUUAAUUGAAGGCAUCGAAUUUAAGGGGCACACCUAGUGUAACAGCCUAAAAAAGGCGAUUUUUGGAAAUUAAAAAAAAAA